UUAGCUAUAAAUAGGAAGCUGCUUUGCUAUAAUACUAUAAUAUUACACAAUUAUCCAUCCUAUAAUUCAACUAAUUGAUCAAUAUUAACCAUAACAAAAAAGUUUUUUUUUUUAAUAAAAAAAGAAAAACAUGAACAGCUCCUCCUCGUCGAUUCACGAGUCUCUCCUCUGCGAUGUCAGAAACGAAAUCCUCAGAAUCAUCCUCCACGGCGGCAGUCCGAUGUUGGAAAGUUGCCUGAAAUGGAUACUCGAAAACCAGAAGGAAGGAGGCUUCUGGGAAUAUUAUAGUAAUUGGGAAGCAGCAGAUCAAGAAAACAUUAAGUACUCCGAGGAGGAGCUUCCAUUAAUGCGAAUGGGAAUGGGAAUGCCGACCAUUGAUACCCUAACCUCAACUCUCGCCUGCUUGCUCGUCCUCCAUUUCCAUGGCAAUAAUCCGAGCCAUCACGCUCCCAUUCAAUCUGGGCUGAGUUUUCUCAAGUCUAAGGCGGAGAUGAUCGUGAAGCUAAACUUCCACCGCCUGCCGCGGCGGUUCUUGCUGGCUUUUCCGGCGAUGAUCGAGCAGGCCGAAGCCGCCGGGCUGCACCUCGACUUCCCCCACGGGCUCGCCGCAAUGCUGCCCGACAUUUUCGCCAAGCGCCGACAACUACUUCUGCAAAUCAUGUAAUAUUAUCAUUCAAUUCAAAUCAAUUCAUAUAUAUAUAUAUAUAAUUCUAUCUUUAGGGAAGAAGAAGAAGAAGACACAAUAAUGGUGGAGUCGUCAAUUGCAGCAGCUCGAGCGUACAUGGCGACAGGGAAUCCACACUGCCUCACAUAUCUGCACUCCCUUCUUCAACCAUUUCCUUUUGGAGGAGGUUUGUCUAAGCCAGGAGUGCCUGCAAAGUACCCUUAUGAUGGAGAGCUGACAAAGAUGUUGCUGGUGGACAACGUGCAAGCCUUAGGUCUUGCUCACCAUUUCCACGAUGAAAUUGCUCAAAUUCUUUCUCAACUUUAUAGAAAUAAAAAAGAGCAAGAUUCAUUGUCCGUACGCUCCCCCACUGCCUUAUUCAGAGAUGCUUUGGCCUUUCGUCUUCUUCGUAUGCAAGGCUACCAUGUCAAACCAGGAAGCUUCUGCUGGUUUUUAAAGGAAGCAGAAAUGUUGGCAUCCAUGGAAGAAAACAGGGAGCAGUUCAUCACUGCAAUGUACAGUGUUUACAGAGCAACUGAUUUAUCCUUUCCUGGAGAAGAUGAAUUGGACCAAGCACGAACAUUCGCCAUGAAAAUGCUCACCAACAACAAUUCAAACACAGAUCACGACAGCAUCUUCUUCAUUCAUCCUAAACAUCUCCAAAACAUGAUCGACUACGAACUCGCCGUUCCGUGGAGCGUCCGCCUCGAUCGUCUCUAUCACCGGAAGUGGAUCGAGGAACACAAUGCCAGCGCGUCGAUCUACAGUACUAGGUUGUCCGGUCCAGCGAACGAGAAGUUAUUGCAACUCGCUACGCAGAAUUUCGAGCACCAGCAGUCGAUCUACUGCCGCGAAUUGGAGGAACUUAAAGGAUGGUCGAUCGAAUGGCGAUUGAGCGCAAUGGGAUUCGGUCGAGAGAAGACGGUGUACGCUUACUUCGCGGUGGCUGCCACUUCGUGCUUACCGUGUAGUUCGAUUAUGCGGCUGGUUAUCGCAAAGUCGGCGAUUAUCGUCACCGUCGCAGAUGACUUUUACGACAUGGAUGGCUCUUUGGAAGAGCUGGAAGACCUCACUGAAGCAGUCGAAAGAUGGGACGGCGAAGGAUUGCGGGGGCACGGAAAGACGAUAUUUGAAGCUCUCGAUCACUUCGUGAAGGAUGUUGCUGGAAAAUGUUGUGGUGACGGAGGAGGAGCUGAGACGCUGCUGUCGAAUUUGAAACAUAUCUGGCGCGACGCAUUCGCUGCGUGGAUGACGGAGAGAACGUGGAGCUUGACGGGGUAUCUCCCGACUGUCGAAGAGUAUCUUGAAACCGGGAUGGUAUCGAUUGCGGCACACACAAUUGCUCUUCCGGCAACGACCCUGUUGAGAAGAAACAGGGUUUCAGAAUACCAUAGAAUCACCAAAUUGCUCAUGGCUCUGUGUCGAAUGGCGAAUGACAUCGAAAGCUAUCAAAAAGAAGAGGCUGAUGGGAAAAUGAAUCUAGUGUUGCUACACUUGAAGGAGAAUCCUAAUUGGAGCGUCGAAGAUUCGAUCGCUUACGUCAAACAGACGAUCGAGGCGAAGAAGAAAGAGUUUUUACAGCAUGUUUUCACGGACAACGAUAUGCCGAAAUCUUGCAAGCAAGUUCAUUUAUCGUGUAUGAAAGUGUUCAACAUGUUCUUCAACUCGGCAAACCUUUUCGACAGCGAAACCGCGCUGCUUGAAGACAUAAAGAAAGCGAUAUACCUUCCUAUUAGUCGCAAACCGAUUUCGAAGCCGUUUGCAAAGCCUUUACUCCCAAUUCCUUCGGACAAAGCCUCGAAGGUUUCGUCGCGGCUACGUCCCGUCGUCGUUUCGCGUCGGAUUGGGGUGAGUUUCAUUAGGCAGCCAUUUGUAAAGAGUAGAGCUGCAGCAGGACAAGUUAAACAUAGUAUUGCUACAAAAUUGAACAUGUCUUUCAUGUGAGGUUAAAAUUCAUGUACA